UAUUCUGUUUAAAUAGAUAAUAUAUGAUAAAAACUGAUAAACAGGUAACAGGUACGAUAAGAUUCUAGUUUUUAGCUUGUAAAAUAGUUCAACAUUAUAAUAUAAUAAUGUUAGAAAUACACCAUGGCCGCAACAAACAAAGGGUUGACACUAAUUCCACACAGUAUCCCUCACAUUCAACAACGAUAUAAGUGGGAUUGUGGGGUGACAUGCGUCCUCAUGGUACUCUCUGAAGGUGAUAGAAAUGACUUUAUCACUAACUUUUUCAAAAUAUGUGAAGAGGAAGGUUUUGGACAAACCACAUGUACUAUUGAUCUCUGCUAUUUAUUGAAGCGAUACAAUAUUAAACAUUGCAUGUUUACAACAAGUCACUUACCUAAUAAACGAAUACUAAGAACUUUUAGUGGUACUGUAAAUAAGGCAGCGCUUCGAAUACGUAAAAGAUUUGAAAAUGCGUCCAUUGAUGGUAUUAAAAUUGUUGACAGUGUUCUCUCUACAAGAGAUAUAUUACAUCACGUAACCAGCAAGGGGCCGGCCAUUGUGCUCGUGGACGCUGCUUUGCUAUCCUGUGAUCUUUGUAAACAUAACAAGCUUACUUCGGAGUUUAGACGCAUAUUGGGUGGAAUGUAUCGUGGUCACUACAUCGUGGUGGUCGGAUGGUCAAGUGGCAAGCUGCUGUACCUCGACCCCGCACGAUCGAGUCCACUUUGUGCCACCGUACCCGCACGACUGCAGAACUCGCGACUGGCUCCAGGCACCGAUCGUGAUAUUAUUUUGAUUUACUGUGAUUACAGAUGACAAUAUGAAUUAUAAAAAUAAAUACACACGUAUACGUUGUUAUUCUCA